CGCGUGCACACGAAACAAACGUCCAAUUAAAAGCAGCGUAAAACUUUGGCAAACAUCCCGAAAAGAGGCAGUUUGGAGAGCUCAGCGCCCUUUCUCGCACCAUUAUCUGCAUUUCUUCGGGACUUUCCUGCGUCGUAGGAACCAUGGAAGGUAGAUUGGAUAUUCCUCUUAACGGGCCUUCACUCAACAUUGUGAGACAGUGUGGGCCUGCUCUGUGUGAUGUCCUUCAAAGCAAAUUUGGAUGUGUGGCCACCAUUGAUGGUGUGGAUUUUGAAGGACAACAGAAAAAGGCAACUGUGGCCCCAGAGAAAAGAUUUGAUGUUCAGCUUCAUUCAGAUGUUCGGGUGUCUGUGUGGAAGGGUGAUCUCACUAAUUUCCGGGUAGACGCUGUUGUGAAUGCUGCUAAUGAGCAUCUUCAGCAUUAUGGCGGCCUUGCUCUAGCUCUGGCCACUGCUGGUGGUCCACAGAUCCAAAAGGACAGUGAUGCCUACAUCAGAAAGUAUGGUGUCCUGAAUACGGGAAAUGCAAUAGUCGGUGAUUCUGGGUCACUACCAUGCAAGAAGAUCAUUCAUGUUGUGGGCCCACGGCUAUCUGCAUAUCCAGAUAAGUUUGAAGUAUCUCGGGCUGAACCUCUGCUGCAGCAGGCCAUCAUGAGCAUUCUUGACAAAGUUAAGGAAAGUCAUCUAAAUACUGUCGCCAUUCCUGCUAUAAGCUCUGGACUGUUCAACUAUCCCCUGCAAGAAUGUGCAAACACCAUAGUAAAAACCGUGAAGGCCUACUAUGAAAAAUCUUCUGGACAUCGUCCUAAAGAGAUCCAGUUUGUGAACCAUGACGAGCCUACAGUCUGGGAAAUGGAGAGGGCCUGUCAUCAGAUAUUAGCCCAUAACAAGCCCAAGACAUACAGUCAGGCAGCAGGAAGCACCCACAGAAGUGAUGCCAAGAACUCCGCACUUACUGUCCAGACGGGAAAUGUCCAUCUGACACUGAAGAAGGGUAACAUUGAGGAACAGGAGACAGACGUCAUUGUAAACACAACAUAUAGUCGAGAACUGAAUGGAGACAUUUCCAGAGCCUUACUGAAGAAAGCUGGUCAUGGAAUGCAACAAGAAAUGUAUUCUGCUCACGAGAGUGGAUGUAUUAUCAUCACAAAACCCUACAAUCUGCAGUGUAAAGCAGUGCAUCAUGUUUUUGCUGAAAAGGGGUACAGCAUGACAAAGCAGAGACUUUCCAAAUCAGUAUUGGAAUGCUUAUGGAUGGCAGUCACAUGUCAUCACAAGUCAAUCUCCUUUCCUGCCAUCGGCACUGGAGGUUUCCACUUGCAGAAACAAGAAGUUGCCCGGAUCAUGUCAGAUGCCGUGACUGACUUUGCCCAAAAAGUCCAAACGAAAAUGGAAGUUGAUUUUGUCAUAUUUCCUUCUGACAGCGAGACAUUUAAGGCUUUUGAGGAACAAAUGAGAUAUCUCCAGACAAACACAUCUCAUCCCAGCUUUACACAUGAGACACACAGUUUCCCACACAGAGAUGACAUCCAUGGCAGCAGAGCUCCCAGUCCACAGAUCAGUCUGAGCGGCCCCUCCAAUGAAGCAACACGCGAGGCUGAACGUUGGCUCCAUGACCUUCUCUUCAAAACCAACGGCACUGUCACUAUCUGCAACAACUUCAUCCAGCACUUUGGGGAAAAGGAACAUCUGCAGUUAUCCCGUCUUAUGAAAAAAGGCAUUUCCAUUGCAGAGAUUUUUGACAAAGGUCGUGCAAGCAUGAUUGUAAAAGGGAUUUCAGCUGAAGAUGUUGUAGUUGCUGGGUUGCAGGUGGAGGCCAUGCUCUGCAACAUCCAGAGGGAGUUUGUCAGAGAGGAAGAGGGCACCAUGCUCGUGAUGUCGUCUCAGAAUGUGUCCUUUGAAAGAAAGAUGGUAGACCAGUCCACCUCAGAGUUCAAAGACAGAUUAUCUACCUUCAAAUAUACAGGCCUCUCGAUAGUGAAGGUGGACAAAGUGGAGAACGCUGCAUUGAAGCAGCUCUUUAAUCUCAAGAAAAAACAGCUCCAAUGCUCCACUAAACAAAUGUUUCAAAGGAUACCUGCACAGUUCUGUGAGAUGGUUAGCCGUAUUGGAUUCCAUGCCGAGUACGCACCACCUGAUGACCCAGCAUAUGGAGAAGGCAUCUACUUUGCCAGCACAGUAAAAAGGGCCAUGGAAGUGUGGAAGGAGCCAUACAGCGAGUAUGUGCACUUUGUGGAGGCCGAGGUGCUGACAGGAAACUCCACUGGUGGUAAACGAGGUCUCAUCCUGCCACCUGCUGUGGGGACAGAUCCACUCACUUUGUACAACAGUUUGAGUGGACCUGAAAUCUCUGUCGUAUUCAGUGGUUAUCAAGCUCUGCCCAAAUACAUUAUCACCUGUAAGAUCCGUCGAGUCUGAAGAGUGAUUUCUUUCACUGUUUCCUUUGGGGUUUUUUGUUGUGUAGUACAAAUACAAAUGUAGGAAUGUAUCCUCUAGUGCAGUGAGAAACUGAACAAUACUUCUAAAACAAGCUGCAUUCUUAAUGAAUGUACAGGAAAGGCUGUUUUCUUUACUCAGUAGUACGACAUCACAGAGGAAUCACAUGUCAUGUUUUGUUUCAUAGCUUAAGUUAAGAUUACUUUUCAACUUCAUAUUUUACAUUACAACUUUCUUUUUGGGUGAUUAACAGUUAUUUUAUAUAGCAGCACCAUCAUUUGUUAAUCAAUCAAUGUAUUCAACUUUAAAACUGCACUGUCUUGUAUCAUACUUUUGACAAUGGGGUGAAUCUAGUCUAGUUUUAUUUAGCGGGCACCACAUACCAUACCAUAUACCAUAUAUCCAAACAGGUUUAGAGCAACAUGGUCUACCAGUGAUGAGAUACUUUGUGUGAUUUCUUUACAUUUAGAGGAAGAUAAAUAUAAUCCUUCAUUAUAACUGAAAAACAUUGGUAAUAAUUGUAAAAUGUUGAGGACUGUCAAAUCGUGCCUAAUGCAGAGAUCAUAAGUUUGUUAAGUUGUUGUUGUUGUAAUAAGUUCAUUGUGAUUUUCUUUUGACACCUUGUCAGUCACAUCACUUCUAUGGAAAUAAAGAGGGUAACCUUUAA